AUGCAUGACGAAGGUGAGUCUCAACCUGUGCAUGAAGCCCCUGCUGACACUGCGGAGGCUGAACCCUUGGAUGAGGACCGUGUCAUUCCUUUCGAGGAUGAUUCUUCAGUGGCAAUUGAAGGUGUGGUCUACACCCUCCGCCAUCUCUCGAAGUAUGCGAUCUCCAUUGAACUCAUGUCAAAGCCCGGAGAUGAAGUUACAUUCUUGAAACGCACCCAUGAGCUGUUGGAAGAUGGCAGGAUGGUGAUUCGAUCAGCUGUGCAAACUCUCAAAUCCCUGAUGGUGCUGAAGCACCUGGGUGGCUACAUGGCAGCACACUCCGACCAGUGCAUGUCUUUGAAAUGGAAGGGUUUGCAUGCUGGUGUUUUCAAACAGUAUGAGAACGAGGAGCCGAUGGUGGAAAUUUUCAGCGAUGCUGAUUGGGCAGCAGACAGAGAAACAUGGUUGUCUGGCUUACUCAAGCUCCAGGAUUUAGUCAUGCAAAAACGUUUGCUGGUGAGAUCAUUGAUGGGAGCAUUGAAUCCUGCAGAUGUUGCCGCGAAGAGACUCAGCGCAGCAAGGCUCGAGUCGUUAUGCUACUUUUUGGGUAUUUGGAGAGGAAACAAUCUUGAAGGAGCAAAUGACCCAGGGAACAUCUUCAGACAUGUCACAAAUCAAAGACAACAGGGCUACAGCCAUGCACACAUCAACCUUUUGACUAGCGCCUUGAGCGUGCUGACCCAGCUUCAAGGCUGUUCCGGUGCCAUGGACGUGGUCACGCAUGGAGGAAACUUCAACGUUUUGUUCUUGAUCACAUGGCUGCUUGGAUUGGCUGGCUACAUCUACCUGGCCAUCCGCCCUGGGGAACCCUUUAAAGUUUUGAUUUUGUGCCUGCUGACACAGCUUCAAGCAACAGCGCUGGAGAUGACCCUUGAGGGCAUGGUACAUUGGCUGUACGACCGAUGUGAGAGAAGACUUGAGAAGGCAGUAAGGAGCCAGGAUCCUAUGAAAACAAACCAAUAUCUGGCUCGACAGGGCAUUUUGUCCGGCAUGUUGGCCCUUCUUGAAGUGGCCACAACUGAGACUCGAGAACAAGUUCAACGAGUCUUGGAGGAUAUCACUGACCUUUCAAGUGAUGAAGAUUCUCCCACAGUCAAUACAGGUGGACACCAGGUUGCCAUGAACUCGAGGCUUUCCACAACCAUUGCCACAGCUUUCGUGCAUGGGGUAGCAACAAUGAACUUGUGUGGUUGCGACAUGGUGGACUCGAAGUCUUCUGGAGGUGACAUGGUUUCUUUCACAACACUUGUGCUGACCUUGUGGACAAUGGGGCUUGGGGGAUACACGUUGUACUGGCUUCGCAGGCCAAUCAUGCCAGUGCAUUUUCCUCCAACAAUUCUUUCAGUCCAAGCAGAAACUGCAGAGCCCAAGGUGCACGAGGAUCUUCAAGUCGAAGGCAUGCUGUUAGUUGCCUUGAAAAGGAUCAAUGGAAGGCUGGAAAGAGCACAAAGGCUGAUAAGGCAGGCCUUCAAGGCCAUGACGAGCCUCCUUGAGUACGACACUUUCGAGGAGGUGACAAAACUGGUGGGGCAACUGGGUGGAGCGUUGCGGGAGAUCAAGCCGCAAAGCUCAGAUGAAAGCAUGCCGGAAGAAAACCAAUCACAGAGAGCACGGAGGUACACUCAGUGCGGACAGUCGGAAGCUUCAGACCCAGAUUACUGGGCAGAUGUCAAGUAUGGUCCGGCCGACGAGAGGAUGAGGGAUUUGGGUGAGGACAUUGGCAGAUCUGUACAGAAAUCCGCUUCGCGGUUGCUGUUGGCUGGGACCAAUGCAGCCGUCGAACUCACAGAUCAUGGAGCUCCGCUUGAGGUCCCGGCGCCCACCGCGACGCCGGCAGCAUGGAAUGGGAUGCCUAGCGAUCUGCGCCCGAUGAUGGCGCAGCCAUUGACCUGGCAGGGACCGCAGGGACCCGCGAGGUGGCCAGCAGUUGAGAACCUCUUGGCGCAGGGUGCGACCAGUGGUUCCGCCCCUAGCGCGCAGCAUCCUGAAACGCAGGAAGAGGGGGAGUCCCAAGUUCAGGACGGCCAACUCUCAACAGAGACAGGUGCCCAGUGCAUGUGGCAGUUCGAUGCUCAUGCUGUUUUCCCACCUGGCGCCUGCGUGUGGCCAGCAAUUCUCAUGACUAGCGAUGGCUGCCUCAGUGGUUUUCCUGUGGCUCAAAUGCCACAUUCAGAUGUGACAGCACAGCCGCCAAUUCAGCAGCCAGCGCUUAGGAGUGAUGUCAAGGAGACCAAACAGGUAGAGGCAUCUUCAGGUGCUCCGUCCUCCCCCAGAUCCCUUCGAACCUCGGCCAGCCGAAAGCAACGUCGCCGUUUGAAAGCUGCGAUGGCGGCCGAUGAGAAGAAACAUGUCGCUGACGAAGCGCAGCUGAAAGGCCCUGCUCUGCCGGGUCUUGUUGCAGGACCCUCUGCGUCUCAGGCGCAGCUUUCAUUGCCAGUAAGCCCUGGCCCCCUUGAGUCCAAGGAGCCGUCGGAGCCCAUCCAGCUGUGGCCUCCGACGCCCGAAUCCACACCUGCAUGUAGUCCCAGAGAAUGGCCGAGCAACGUCGCAAUGGCGCCACAGCCCUUCGCCUUCCCAGGAGUGUGGCAGAUAGAGAUGCCCAACGUGGCAGUGGAACAAAGCCUUCCUCUCUCUGAGUUGCAAGUAGAGGAAGUUCCAGAUGAAGAGUUGCAGGAAUGUGAGCGAAUGAUCUCGCAACUGGAAUCAUCUGCCAAGUCUGAGGUUCCCCACAGUGUCGUGAAGUCGUGGUCUGAAGGUCUUGGAGAUGCUACGGACUUCAACAUGGACCAUGUCUUGCACGGCUGGUGGCACACGAGUAGUCCAAAAAGCACUGGAAGUGGCGGAUACACCGCAGCGAUGCUUGACAGCAAUCAGCGAUGCGUACGACGUGCGACGUACGACAUGACCAUAGGUGUAGCCCUGGCCGAGCAACUGCAAGGGCAUGUGAAAGAAGCCUUUGUCUCGCCACAUGCCAACCAUGUGCUUCAGAAAUGUAUCGAGCUGAUUCCACCUGAGCGCCUUGGCUUUCUGCUUUCCGAGAUGCGCGGCCAUGCUGUGGUGGCUGCCCGGCACCGCUACGGAUGCCGAGUCCUUGAGCGGCUCUUAGAGCAUUGCCCCAGCGAACAGACGGCCCCAUUGAUUGAGGAGGCCGGACCGGGAUGGGCUGGUUUCAGCUGGUGGCGGAAGUCGCAUACCCAAAAAAAGUUGGGUUAA